UGGGGAUUAAGUGAAAUAGACUCAAUGGUAAACCCAAAAGUGUCUAUUAAACCAAAAAUAUGCUACAGGCCUUUACGACCUUCUGACCUUGACAUUUUAGAGUAUAUCCAUGGCAGACUAUUUCCCAUCAGGUAUGAAUCUGCUUUUUUCCAAGAUGUGGUAAAUGGACGCGACAUUGUGUCCUGGGGAGCUGUUGACAGUAGUCGGCCAAAUGGCCAAAGUGACGAACUCAUUGGAUUUGUAACAACACGGAUUAUUCUUGCAAAAGAAAGCGAGAUUCUGGAUGUGCUUGGAUGUGACUCAGCCAAAUCUGAUCAAACUUUAGUCUACGUUCUAACGCUGGGGGUAGUGGAAGCAUAUAGAGAUCAUGGAAUAGCAACUUCUCUGAUUGGAGAGGUCAUAAAAUAUGCUUCGAGUAUUCCAACCUGCCGAGCUGUUUACUUGCAUGUUAUUUCUCACAAUGAACCAGCAAUCAAUUUAUACAAGAAAAUGUCUUUCAAGUGUGUAAGAAAACUGCAGGGAUUUUAUUUAAUCAAUGGCCAACAUUAUGAUUCAUUCUUAUUCUUGUACUAUGUAAAUGGGGGACGGUCUCCUUGCUCACCAUUAGAGAUUUUCAUUGCACUAGUAAGCUACAUUAGGAGUGGCUACAAGUCAUUGGCUGCAAGGCUAUGUAAGAAUGAAGGCUGGAAGAUCUCAAGGCGGGCAAAGUGUAAAGAAAGCCAUUCUCUUGUGACAGCAACACACAACAAAAGAAAUGUGACAGUCGAGUGUACUGGUUACGAGUGUGUUUAAUUUAAUUAAUUAAUUUAGUUUUAGUUUUCUGUUUUUUUUUUAUCAUUGAACCUCACUCUUGAUUCCCUCUAGAAAGGUCAUAUUGAAGCCAAAAGUUAUAUUUAUUUAUUGUAAUUAUCAUGUCAUAAUGAACUUCCACGAUCCAGUCAAUUCACAUAGUUAGAAGGUGAUAUUGAUAAUCUUCUAAGUUUUAUGUGUGUUUAA